AUGCACAACAAUGCAAAUUCAACAACUUACAACAAAGUGCGCAAGACCGAACAAAAUGACCAACAACUUUGUAUUCAACUCAAUAUGGAUGCCAACACCUCUAAAUACUGUACGUCAUUGAUAAAUUGGAUUCUACUACAGAACGUAGAUGUUUAUAUUAUUACAAUUAUUUUAUUCAAGCAAAUCCUAGUUCUUUAUUCAUCAGUAUUGGUCAAAGCAUACGGAAGGAUUUUGAAUCCAAAUGGUCCAUACCUAUUGUUGAAAACAGUUUUGAGUUCAUCUCCUAUCAUUCUUAGUGACUCUUCACAUCUUGGCAGCGGUCUGUGGCAUUACGGAUACUUUGAAUAUUACAAUGUAGUAGUCAUACAGUAUGCAGGAUGGAAUAGCGUCAGGUCAACCAAAACUUUGGCAUAUCGUUUGAUCGUCUCAAUUCAUGUUAUCAAGAUGGUCCCAUUACCAUUUAUACAUUGUGAAAUUCCGUUACUUGAUGGAGAAGGUCAAUCACAUCAACCUUUUUUAUUUGUUCAAGUUUGGUCAUUGGUGAUGCAAAGGUAA